AUGAAAAGCGCCCGAUAUACUAAGGAUGCCAUCAACAACCGGCUCAGCUUGUACAGUUCGACGUCCACCAUCCCAAUCUCCGGUUUGAAGCCAUUAAAACGCCGUUUUCCCGGCCUGCUGUCCAUUGCUAGCACCGAAGGAACAUCCGACACCAGUGUGCUCGACUGUUGUCCGUUGGAUACCGACAGCAAGGGCAACUUUGUGGAUAAACAUGGCCGCAAGGUCACUCUCAAGGGAAUCAACGUGGACGGGUCCAUGAAACUACCAGCAGAACCAAACUUGCCCAGCUACAAAGGCGACUCCAGCAAGUACGACGACAUCUUCUUUGACGGAGACAACGUGACGUUUGUGGGCAGGCCAUUCCCCUUGGACGAAGCACACCUGCACUUUCUGAGAAUCAAGUCCUGGGGCUAUAACACCAUUCGUUACCUUCUCACAUGGGAAGCCAUAGAGCAUGCUGGACCAGGAAAGUAUGACGACGAGUUUGUUGACUACACCAUAAAGAUCUUGUCGAUUUUGCACGAGGUAGGGGGUCUUUACGUGUUCUUGGAGAUGCAUCAGGACGUGUGGUCCCGAUUCUCUGGUGGUAGUGGUGCCCCUAUGUGGACCCUAUACGCGGCUGGAUUGCAACCCACCAGGUUUUCGGUGACAGAAGCAGCCAUUAUCCACAACGAUUCUCGUUUUCAUGACGAUGAAGCCCUGGAGAUGUACCAUAAAAUGAUUUGGGCGUCGAACUACAAGCGUUUGGCCACAAUGGUGAUGUUCACGUUAUUCUUCAGUGGUAGAACGUAUUUUCCUGGCCUAGUUAUUAAUGGCCAGAAUAUCCAAGACUAUCUUCAGGAUCACUAUCUCAAUGCAAUUGCACAUAUUUGGAAAGCAGUCAAUCAAAAAUUACCUGAAAUGAUCAAGGAUGGUACCAUCAUUGGGUUUGAGCUGAUGAACGAGCCAAACAGAGGUUUGAUAGGGCAUGAAGAUUUGUCGUUCAUCCCCGGAAAUCAACAGCUUCGUGUUGGAACCACCCCAACAGUGUACCAGUCCAUGAGAUUGGGAAUGGGGUUUCCAUGUGAAGUUGAUGAGUACAGAAUUGCCUUGACUGGCCCUCAGAAGUUCGCAACAAGGUUGAUUGAUCCCAAGGGUCAAAGAUCAUGGCUCUCUGUUGAAGAAGCUAAGGUUAUUGAUAAGAAAUAUGGCUGGAAAAGAGGUCCUAAAUGGAAAAUGGGCGAAUGUAUUUUUGCUCGUGAAGGUAUCUGGCGCUGGGAUAAAAGCAUUGAUUUUGAGAACUUUGCAAACCUCACCGAGGAAAAGCGUCUUGACAUAAGUAUUGGAAGGUGUGAGUUACGCUAUCCAAACCAUUUCAAUCAAGUCUCCAAGAGACAUAACCAUUGUGCCCUCAAUGGUAUUAUGCCUAGUACUAUUAACUCAGAGUAUUUCAUCAACAACAAUUUUGUUGAAUACUACGCAAAGUUCAAGAAAAUAAUCAGGGAUAUUUCACCUGAUGUUUUCGUUUUUAUACAACCACCGGUGCUCGAUGUACCACCAAACUUGAAAGAUGACCCAAGCGAAAUCAUCGACAAAAAGACAGUCUACUGUCCUCAUUAUUAUGACGGAAUGUCACUAAUGUUUAAAACGUGGAAUACGAAAUACAAUGUGGAUACUUUGGGAAUUAUGCGUGGCAGGUACUUGAAUCCAGUUCUUGGUAUCGUAUUCGGGGAGAGAGCAAUUAGAAAUUGUAUUAAAAAGCAAUUUGUUGAAAUGAAAAGGGAAGCAGAGGAGUUCUUGGGGAAUAUCCCUGUACUUAUGUCAGAGACAGGGAUGCCUUUUGAUAUGGACGAUAAAAGAUCCUACGGAAACGGUAAAUACAUCAGUCAAACUGCAGCAUUGGAUGCAAUCAGUAAUGGGUUAGAGAGUCUGAAUAUGUCUCACACAUACUGGUGUUAUACCAGCAUCAAUUGUCAUGAAUGGGGAGACAGAUGGAAUAACGAGGAUUUCUCUUUUUGGUCAUCGGAUGAUAGAAAUAAUCAGAACUAUGAUGAUAAAUCCUCUCCUGCAACCCCACAAUCAAUGAGUAGAAGAGGCAGUAUCAUAAAGACUAUCAACCUGAAAUCACGGAGGGCAAGUGAUGCUGCUAACAUGAUUAAAACUAAAAUACAGCGUGCUGGAUUGACUCCAAAGUCCAAAUUACGGCCCAAUACGGAGACUUCUUCGUCUCCAGAAGCUGCAGAAAAGGAGUCUGAUGAUGAGAAUACUGACUCUCAGUCAAUCCAGGAUUCAUCGUUGAUUUCAACUACAAGUGAAAACGUGCAGUACAAGUACAAUAGAAAAUGCUUUGCUUCACCAGACGGAGUAAGAGCCACAAACGCCGUUAUUAGGCCUUUUGUGGUUGCUACGAAGGGUGACAUUGUGGGAGUUGAAUUUGAUUACAGAGCAGUUAAAUUCGGACUUUCCUUGUUCAUUGAUAAAUCUGAUUCCAGUCUCAUAAACACUCCUACGAUCAUCUUUGUGCCAAAAUGGCAUUUUCCAUUCUUGAACUAUGGAGAUAUUUACCUUAGUUCCGGUCAUAUCAAGUAUAACGAAUCAUUGGAAUAUUUGGAGUGGUAUCACGAUGGUGAAAAUUUAGAUGCAGAGACCAACUCACCCGACGGUGUUGAAACUAUCAUCAUCAAAAACAAUAGUGGACUCUUAGACGAGAACAAGGUUAGGGAACAGGGUAUUUUACCGUAUGUGGGAGAGCUCAAAUGCCCCACAACAUAG